UAAACCGUUAGACCCCUAACCUUAGAACUCUCUUUUCUUUCGAUUCAACCCUUUUCUUUUCCUCACAUGCAAUUAUAACUAUGGGAACUUCAAUGUGUGCUGCCUAACGCAAGGAGGUUCAUGCGAAGACACAAAGGCCCAAAGGCCCAAAGACCCAAAAGACCCAGAACUGUUCUAUUAUUAUUACCUUCGAUAGCGUCAAUACAUCUUAUUCGGUAACCCGUUCUGACCCGUCCACGGAUUAGCGUGCACUACCGAAUCUCCGGCCAUUCAUCCCCGAGUCACGAGCUUACCUAUCUACCUAGGCAGUUAACUGGGUUGUUAAUUGUUUGAAGAGAUUCGAGUUCCGUUAACAAUUAUCUUCCCCGGUGCUUCCGGUUAUGCAGCCCAACAAAUCAUCAACACCGUGAAUUAACAAUUUAUCUACUUAUCCAAUGCAACGCCUACGAAUCUCUGUUAGCAACAUCAACCUUGGUGAUUUUAACCAUCUUCGGAGGUUUAUUAGGUAGUCCAUGAUAUCGGAUUGGCUUGAUUAGCAUCAUUGGCUUUUGAUUGGGCAGUAUGGCCACUACACCGACACGCCAACCACGGGUAUCGCCUUUACCGGCCAUACUAGAGCCGCCAAGCCUGGUGAUAUCAGAUGGAGAGGCCUCACCAACCUCCGAUAGUGCACCAGAUGAUGAGCCCUUGUACAUCGAUCAAGAUGAUGCCCAGUCCAUGAUACAGCCGGCGCUGAGCCCAGCAGCCACGCGGCUCACCUUGCCAAAGACACCCGCAGCAGAAAAGGCAGCCGCCUUGGAGCGUCUACCAGGUGGUGGUCUGUUCAGUGUCGCCGAAGGCACAAUAACGCCGGAAACAGGAAGCUCGCUGCAUUCGCCAUCAAUAGGCCCGCCAAGUGAAUCAGAGGAUCAGACAAACGCGGCCAAGGCAUCAACGCGUCAAAUCAGGGGCUUCUCCCUCGGCCAACUGCCUUCGAGUCAGCAGCCGCCGCAAAGAUUUCCAUCACCCUGGCUGUCCGGACCAAAGCAGAUGGUCGUUCAAAACGAACCUAGCUUGAAGCCUUCAUUGACAUCUGUGUUUGGACAGAACAAGCACCGCCGCUCUUCGUCUGGGGGUGCUGAUGCACUCAAGAGAAUACGAGACGCACUUCCAUCUAUGCCAUCCAUACCGUCUAUAUCUCUUCAGUCAUUCUUUUCUGGACCUUCGUCGGCAAAGACCAUAGGCUCAGAUACCAAACGAACUACCCUCUCAAGUAGUGAUGUGGCAGAGACAAAGCAGUAUGCAUCUUUCCUCGCCGAACCGGCUACGCCGAGUUCCAGGAGCAUAACUUCAUCGACAAAUAGGGAAUCAGUUAUGACCUUACCCAUUCGUGCCGACGGUGUUACUGCAUUGCCUCGAGCAUCCAAUCGACCGCGGGCCAUGCGAAGGUCUACCUCUGAUGAGUCCAUGCUUUAUCAUUCACUAUCGCGCGUAUCCUCCUUUGGUGAUGAUGAUAGAUGGAACGGCAUUCGGGAACAGAAGAAUAGUAGGCUCAAGGCUAUCACGGACAGCUGGGAUAGGCCAACGUUUAAACUACCCCAGCUACCAGACAUUAUUCCCGCUCCGCUGAAGAGAAACUCGCUGUUGGGAUUUGAUCAGUCAAGCACGUCUCUAUCGGAUUCUACGCGUGCUUCGCCCAACCUCAAAGCCGGGCCAUUGACACCGAAGGAUGAUAAUAUGUCGGACUUGGACCGUGCCCUAGAGCUACUAACAGGCGAUAUAGUGAUCAUGGGCGGAUACCGCGGUUCCGUGCUGAGAUCUACAAAGACCAAUCGUCAAGUCUGGGUGCCGGUGAAGGUCGGGUUGAAUAUUCGAAAAGUUAACCUGGAGGUCGGACUAGAUGCUGAGGAUGAGGAGAGAAUGGAGGAAAGUAUUUAUGCCUCCGGGAUGCUCAAAAAUAUAGGACCGGUCGACAUCUCGAAACGAUUGUUCAAACGACUGAGAGAAAGUGAAAAUGCUAGGACAGGGAAGCUCAGAGUGUACGACUAUGGUUACGACUGGCGGCUAAGCCCUCAUCUACUCUCACGCAAACUCAUCAGCUUUCUUGAGCAACUACCCUCGAACCAGGGGACAGGCCAUACGAAGGGCAGCGGAGCAAUGGUUAUCGCACAUAGCCUCGGGGGGUUUAUUACUCGUCACGCCAUAAAUCAACGACCCGAUCUGUUCUCUGGUGUGAUAUUUGCGGGGACUCCUCAGCGAUGCAUCAAUAUCUUGGGCCCUAUCAGAAACGGUGAUGCUGUACUCUUCAACGAGAAGGUCCUGACUGCACAAGUCAACUUCUCUCUAAGGACUAGCUUUAUAUUUCUACCGGAAGAUGGCUUCUGCUACAUCAACAAAAAUACGGGAGAGCAGUACCCGGUCGAUUUUUACAACCCGCAGGAGUGGAUCAAGUACUGUUGGAGUCCGUGUAUCGAGCCAGCAUUACCCCCCUAUAAGUCCCGCACCGGUCCACUCAAUUCGCUACGAGAGUUUUCCGAGAGGUUGCCGGCGCCCCUGAGAAGUCGAGGAAAUAGCGCAGCGAGUGAGUCUAGGUCGCCGUCACGCAACGCCGUCACAGAAGCCGCGCGAAAAAUCGAGUUCUCCAACGAUCGCACCCUAGCGCCGCAGUUGGGCACGCUACAAGGAGAUGCAAGCGCCAAUUUGGCCGCUCAGAACCGGCAGCAUGAGCAGGACACAGGGGCACGUAGCCGUAAUCUAGAGUACUUAACACGGACACUGGCCGAGAUCAAACGAUUCCGGGCGGAGACAGAGCACCGGCCGGAACAUACAGAGGCGAACGUGUAUCCUCCACUUGCUGUCAUUUAUGGGAAGGAGAUCCCGACGGUGUGGGCGGUGCAUGUAGCUUCCAGAGAGCAGAUCGCAUGCGCUGACGCGUACGAUGACCUCGUAUUUCGCAGUGGCGACGGUGUCGUGCUCGCACGUGAGGCCAUGCUACCAGACGGGUACGAGCUUGUCAAGGAUGGACGCGUCAGUACGGACCGCGGUCAUAUUACCAUGCUGGGUGAUUUGGAGGCUGUGGGCAGGGCAUUGCUUGCUGUGGUGAAAGGGCGAAGGAAGGGUAUUGGACGAGGGGUCGAGAGGCCGGGAGACUUAAGUGUAUGAGGCGAAGUAUGAUGCGUGAUGCGUGAUACCUGUCUCCUGUGGACUACGGACUACCGUCUGAUAUUCAAGCUUUAGUUAAUCUAGAUUGGAAGAUAUAGACACGGGCAACCAACCGGGACAAUAGAAAAAAACAACGAUAAAUGAUGGAAAAACAAGCAUGGGCGCAUUGAAUACCUACCUAUUAAGGCCAUCGGGGUACAUAUAUUAGCGAUGGGAGUCCUGUGUGCUUUCUUUUUAUAGGAAAAGGGCACACGCGUGCCUUGUACGUUUGGGUAUAAGAAAUCUAUUCGCAUACUAUUGGGUAUCGACUAUUUUCUUGCCUAUUCACUUUGCCAACGGAAGUAUUUAACUACCGACCUAGCAUAUAUAAUAUUAGACAUAUAGAGGGAGUUCAGAUAUAACCUCCCUGCCUAGAUACCUACAUAGAUACCUAUAGAAUAUUUGUUGCA